AUGUCACCCGCUACCCACCCACUUCUCAUCCUCACCCCUUCCUAUCAGAGCUGUACUUGGCCUUCAAGGGCAUCGGGAGUCAUUCUUCUCAGCUACUUCGAAAACUGUGGAUUAGACACAGCUUAUUUUAACAUGUCACAACCCCUUCCAACCCCUUCUCACACUCCCCCCCUCUUCCCAUCAAUGCUGAACUUGGAUUUGGAGGUCAUCGUGACUGUCACUAUUAAUCUCAAGAGAUACGGCCUCAAAAGCGUGCCUCUCAAAAGCGUGCCUUUGUGUGGUGAGGCUGCCUCUGCCGACACCGAUGCUGCUCGUCGUUACGUGGAGGAUGAGUUUCCUAAGCUCAUCAGUGAUGGCGGCUACCUCCCUGAGAAAGUUUUUAACAUGGACAAGACCGGCCCCUUUUGGAAGAGGAUGCCUUCUCGUACAUUCCUCUUCAAGGAUGAAGUGAAGAGGCCAGGCUUCAAGGCCCACAAGGACCGUGUCACUCUUAUCAUGUGUGGCAAUGCUGCAGGCUUUAUGCUUAAGCCAGGCCUCAUUUAUAGGGACAAAAAUGCAGUGGCCUUAAAGAACAAAAAUAAGGCUCUGCUCCCUAUGUAUUGGAUGCAUAACUCUAAGACCUGGAUAACGAAAGCCCUGACCCUCGCAUUGUCCCUCCAUUUCUCCAUUCCCCAGGUGAAGCUGUAUCUGGGUCAGAGGGGCCUCCCUUUUAAGGUCCUUCUCUCGAUGGACUGUGCAGGAGGCCAUGCAACAGACCUGCAAUAUGAUAGGAUUCAAAUUGAGUGUCCGCCUCCUAACACCAUAUCUCUAAUUCAGCCAAUGGAUCAAGGUUUCAUUAGUGCCUUUAAGGCACUCUACACUCGUUCCACAAUGGAGGGCCUCAUCGCAGCAGUUGACGACGACAACGGCUUUACCUUGAAAAAGCACUGGUGCUUCACUCCUGACGAAGUUCAUCACUCGGCAGUGGAGAAGGCGGUGAGGCUGGCUCGCAUCAUCAGGGAUGAAGGAUUCAUCAACAUGACAGAAGAAGACAUCAACAGCCUUAUUGAUGCCCACUCGGACCCACUGACAGAUGAAGACCUUGAGAUGACGAAGUCUGCAAGUGAAGUAGAAAGCAAAGAAGAGCAAGGCGAAGAAAUUGGAGAGCGUGGCCUUACCCUGGAGAACCUGCAAUAA